UAACGACUUGCUCGAGCCAUUAGUUUUAAACGGUGCUACAGUGCUGGUGAUCACAGGCCUGUAACAAACAGCUAACACCAGUAAUAUGCUUUUACAGAGGCUGUAAACUAUAGCCUAUCUUAAUUUCUUUAUAUUCCACACUUGCCUGAUUUUUUUUACAUAUCACAUAAUGCUGAUACAGAUUGAAUUUAUACUGAGAGAAUAGGCCAAUUUAUCAUGUAGCCUGCUAUGUUUUAAACCUUUUUUUUUUAACCUUAUGCUCUCAUUUGUUGACAUAUUUAAUUAAUGCAGGCUUCAUAGCACAUCUGUAUUAUUUAUUUUUUUCACAUUAAAAAAGUUAUUUUUUGCAGGCUGUAUUCUUACAUAACUUUUUUAACUUGCUUUUUAAAAAAAUAUGCUUUUUUUUUUCUUGCUGCAUCCUACUACCAUUUACCACCCUUGCUUCCUAUAUCCCACAGGGUACUGUUAAAGCUUUAUCAUAUUCAUAAAAAGAUGGGGAAAACCGAGGUGUGGUCAUCCGUUAUUUAAUGACUGCACAUUUAUUCAAGAAAUGGCCAAAAGAGUUCUUUUUAUUGCAGCCCAAAGCAUAGAACUUAGAUUUAAAAUGUAAUAUUUAUGUAUCACAGUUAGCAGACCAGGUGUUUUACAGGCUGUUAGGUGUUUUAUAUGCCUUAUGGGCUGUUAGCUUUAUUUUCACACAUCAAGUUUUUUGAUACAAGCCUCUGACAUAAACCUCAACUGCAGGCUUUGGCUUUUAGCUUUUAUUUAAUUUAAUUGUCACCCAGAAUAUAUUUAAAUUAUAAGUUAUUUCUUAUAUUAAAUACUCGUUUGUUGGUUUGUUUUACUGGAAAAAAUAAAAAAAAAUUUCAGCUCUUGAGAUGAUCUUAACAUCUUCUUCUAGUGGAGUAAUGUGGUUUCUUGUCACAUUUUCCACAGACUUGGAGCUGGACGAGUUGCUGCAGGAGUUCCAGGAUGUGGUGGAGGAGCUGAAGGCCCCUUCUCAAAGCAAACCUCAUGCUUACAAUCACGUCCUGCAUGAGGCCAAAAGUCGUACAGGGCUGGUGGACGACAGCGGAGUCGAGGACUCGGAUUACUGCAGCGAGGCUUCUUUGGGAAACAGUUUGAACACCAGCGAGGAGGAGCUCCACACAGCAGGCAUAACGCUGGCACCGAAAGCCAAGCUGGGAGACACGAGGGAACUUGAGAGUUUUAUCGACAUGUUGGACCGAGAGCUUGCAGAGAUGUGAACAGAGAGAGAAAGAGCCACGUAGAGGGGGGAGAAACAGGCCGGGGGCGACAUGGUUGGCUACUGCAGAACAGACAAGCAGAUCUACACCAGAGCAGAUCUAAGGGAGCGAAUGCUCCCCUGGCAGCUCCAGGGGAAAAGGUUAACAUCAGAAAUUAAAAGGGCACUCUAUUCCAAAAUGCAAGAACACCCUCAGACCCCUGGCGACACCACAACCAGCAGGCAAGACGACGUCCCUGCAGCAUCAGAUCCGAGAUGUGUGACACAUUCACGAAAGAGACAAACCUUCCAUCUGUCCGGGCAUACGAGAAAACAUGGCCCCGAGUAUAGAAAGCAUGUUAGUGCCACAUUUAAAAUUACCAUUAGUAUUAUGUCAGUAAAGGGCUCUAAAUCCUCAGUGUUAUAUUAUUUUUAAAGGAGGCUGUUACAAAUUACAGAUGGCACUUUAGUUUUAAACUAAUUUAAAGUCCAAGGGUUUCAGGUCUGCUGUGUAAUACAAGUGUUUUUGUGCUGACAUUUCCAGUGUACAGUUUUUGUUAAUAUUCUUAAAAAAAUCUCUCUAUAUAAAUUGUUGUACAGAUGAUUGCGCAUAUAAAUAAAGCUACAUUUUGA